CUCAAUUUUUUUCUCUUUCCACCGAGUUUAUUGUUUUCUUCAUUUGCAUAUCUCUCAUUUACUUGUAAAAUGUAUUCCUGAUUACCAUCACAUGUUUUCUUGGUCCCGUUCUGCUAUAAGUCCCUUGAAGCGAAUCUUGACAGAUUUUUUUAUAAAGGGUUUUGUUAGGUUUCUUUUACCUCCCCCAAUCUCCCAUUUUUUUCCUGGGGAAGUUACCACCUUGACUUUUUGUGGUACAGCUGGUCUUGUCAGUGGAUCUUCCUCUUGUUAUUAAGAAGCAGUUUCCUGAUUUAUGUUUGGAUCCGAUCUUGACAGGAACAAGAUGGUGAGAGGGAAGAUCGAGAUCAAAAGAAUUGACAACCUGACAAGCAGGCAAAUUUCGUUCUCCAAGCGUAGGAAAGGUCUUUUGAAGAAGGCUCACGAGCUUUCAGUUCUAUGCGAUGCUCAAGUUGCAGCCAUUGUCUUUUCGCAAAAAGGAAAACUAUACGAGUUCGCUAGCUCCGACAUGAAGAAGAUGAUGGAACAAUGUGAGAUGUAUAAGAAUGGAUACUUUCAUGCUGAGAGACUCCAAGAAGAGAAAGAUGUGCAGGAUCUCAAGAACGAAGUAACGGUAAUGGUGAACAGGAUUGAACUUCUUCAACUUCAUUGCCGGAAGCUUAUGGGACAAGAUUUAGGUUCUUGUUCGGUGGAGGAGCUCAAUGAAAUAACAUUCCAAAUUGAGAGAAGUCUUACUCUUAUCAGAUCAAGAAAGGGUAAGGUGCAUGAAGAUGAGGUAGGGAAACUAAAAUCGGAGAUUGAAGGAACGAGAGAGCUCGUAAACGAGAGAACUAAGCUGCACGAAAUGUUUGAAGAAAGGCCAUUGUGGAUGCAGUCAAGGAGCCUAGAGAGUGAGAAGAAUGCAUCAUCAUCAUCAUCUGCUUGUGAAAACAUGAACAUAUCGGACGUCGAAACUGAUUUGUUCAUCGGAUUGCAUAGAAGCCAAGUGUAAUUGUAUGUUAAACCAACCGGUUAUUGUUUUCUUAUUUUCCAAGUAUGGAUAUGACUUGCAGAAUGUUUUAGUCGAUUCUUUAUUUGCAUAAACCAUGAAAUAAAGUAGCAUAAACCAUGAAAUAAAGUAAGCAUACAAGGGUUUUUUUUUUUUUUUGGGGCAAACAAGGGUUUUCUUUUACAUUUUCUUUUCAUAUGUAGA